AUGAAAUUUAAAAACAAAUUACGAUUUGAAGCAACAACUAACUAUUUAAAAUUUGAUGACAUUGAACAACAGCAACAACAAAUACACCAACAAAGCGUUACAUCUGAUGACUCAAUACCUGAUCCUGCACAAUCUCCUGUCCUUAACAAGAACACUUCCAAUGAAGAAGAUUCAAAUGUCUCAUAUGCAUUAGACAUUCAGCAGGGAUCUGGGACUAUGACAGAAGCAGCACAAAGAACACGCGAUGUUGACCUGUCACCUGGUCAGCCAUUACAAUCAAACCAGUCGGUUAGCCUGGGUGUGAUUGGUAGAAGAAUCCUAACUUGGGUGCAAUUGGAGACAACAGUAGUUGAUGAUCUGCUGAUGGGGAGAUCCUCGGUUGAUUCAACAAGUGGUUUUCAGGAUGAUCCACAAGAAAGGUGGCAUAUUGACUUCCAACCAAGGCCCUCCUAA